AUGCUGACACAAUUACUUCUCGCGGCUGCAACAGCAAGCGCGUUAAGCAUCCCGAGCAACAAUAUGACAGGAACAGCCAAGCUCCUCCUCGGCACACCCAACACCAUCUCCAUUGCCGACUUUGAUGGCACUAAAUUUAGCAUUGCUUCAAAGAAGAGCUUCUCCGGGAACCCAACAUGGAUGGUAUUUGACGAAGGCAAGCUGUACGCUGUGGAUGAAAACAGCGCCACGACACAUCUCCUUAAAGUCGAUCUUGCAGGCAACAAGAUCGACGAAGUGUCCACCACCAGCGGCAGCAACGGCGUCGUGCACCUCGAACUCACCAAGGACAAGACGCAGAUGCUCGGAGCGGCGUACGGAUCCGCCGCAAUCGACGUCUUUGACACCCAAGGCGGACUAAAGUACGUCAAGUCCAUCAAGUCGGAUGACCAGGUCGGCCCCAAUCCAACCCGCCAGGACAAACCGCACCCUCACCAGUCUGUGAUGGACCCCUCAGGUCGUUUCUUCGCCGUCAAUGACCUCGGCACGGACAAGAUCCUCAUCCUCGACAGCCAGGACGGCUUCAAGAUCGUGAACCACGUCCCCGUUCAGCCUGGCGGCUGUGGUCCCCGACACGGCGCCUUCCACCCUGUCGGUGCGGAAAAGGCAUCCCACUACGUUGUUCUCUGUGAGAUUAAGAACCUCGUCGUGACGUACUCGCUCAAGUAUGGCGGUGCCAAGGGCAUCGAGUUUACGGAGGUGCAGUCCAUUUCUACGUUCAAGUCCCAGGCCGAUAUGCCGGCUACGGCUGCGGCGGGAGAACUCGUCAUUGCGCCGGAUAACAAGAGCGUCUAUGUGUCGAAUCGCUUGACGGGCGGGGAUACGGAUAACAUUGCGCACUUUCGUGUGGCGGGUAAUGACUUCAAGUUGGAGUUUGUAGGGCUGACGUCUACGGGGGGCAAGUUGCCGCGCAUGUUUAGUGUUUCGACGGAUGGGAAGACGUUGUUGGUUGGGAAUCAGGAUGGCAAGCUGGGUCUUGUGGCGUUGAAGAGGAACGAUGAUGGUAGCUUGGUGCAGGCUCCGGUUGCGAGUUUGGAGAUGAGUCAGUUCCCUGGGGAGAAGGCUGGUCCGUCGUUUGUGCAGCAGGUUGCUUGA